CGGGGGAAAUUUCCAGGGCUAUUCACACCCUUCUAUCCCCUUUUCUUCGCGCUACUGGAACUAGUAGCGUCCAGGCCGCUCUGGGGCUCUCGAGGGAGGCCAGCUGAAUUGUGGUCGAAAAUUUUUUCUCGGCUCCCACGCGCCUACGAACUCAGAGCGAUGUCCCAUCGCCGAAUACUUAGGCACUGCGGAAAAUUAAGGGCUUCUCUUUGGCAGUGCAGUGUUGUCCGAUUGUGCAGCCAUAGUCCGCCAUAGCCAGUAGUAAGCGCGGUAGGUUUUCGUGCAGCUCGCAGCCAUGGCGCUCUCUCAAAAGGAAGCGGAUAUCCAGAUGAUGCUAGCGGCGGAUGUCCAUCUUGGCACAAAAAAUUGCGAUUUCCAGAUGGAGCGAUACGUGUGGAGGCGGCGAAAUGACGGGAUCUAUAUUAUCAAUUUGGGAAAGACGUGGGAGAAGCUUCAGAUGGCUGCGCGCGUCAUCGUCGCUAUUGAGAACCCACAGGACAUCUGUGUGCAGUCUGCACGUCCUUAUGGCCAACGCGCGGUGCUGAAGUUCGCGCAGUACACUGGUGCUCAAGCAUUGGCGGGAAGACACACUCCUGGAACCUUCACCAAUCAGAUUCAGGUCAACUUUAUGGAGCCCAGGCUGUUGAUUCUGACAGAUCCGCGCACAGAUCAGCAGCCUAUCAAGGAGUCGUCUCUGGGCAACAUUCCGACGAUCGCUUUCUGCGACUCUGAUUCUCCGAUGCGGUUCGUCGACAUCGCCAUCCCUGCGAACAACAAGGGAAAGCACUCGAUUGGAUGUCUGUACUGGCUUCUGGCAAGGAUGGUGUUGCAAAUGCGAGGCACUGUGACGGUCGAGCGGCCAUGGGAUGUUAUGGUCGAUCUCUUUUUCUAUCGCGAGCCUGAGGAGGCGAAGGAGCCGGCCGAGGAGGAGGGCGCCCCAGCUGUUCCUGAUUUCGCUGCGCCGGAAUUCACGACGGCACCUUUGUUGCCUGCAGCGGUCGACCAGGCACAGUGGGAAGACCCUGCAGCAGCCGCUGCCGCUGCUGCAGCUGCUGGGGCUGUUGUGGCCGCUCCUGUCACGUGGGACCCGGCCACCGGUGGGGUGCCACCUGUCGCGCCUGAGUGGGCACCUGCUGCGGUGCCAGUUGCUACGACCGGCUGGGAUGCUGCUCCCGCACCUGUGGCUGGCGGCUGGGAACCAGUUGCCGUACCCCCUGUCGCUGCCACGGGAUGGGAUCCCGUCGCUGUUCCACCUGUUGCCCCUACCGGCUGGGAUGCGCCUCCUCCUGCCCAGUGAUAUUAGCGUUGUUGAGUGAAUACGUCGAGCGGCGAACUCGUUGUUGUAGCCUUGACAGAGUGAUUUCUGUGGUCGUCGCUUGCGUCUAGUUCUCUAAUUCUUCUUUCCUUAAUCGCCUCGGAUUGGACCGUGAAACAUCGGUUGACCAUUCGCCCUGCUGGUAUUAUCUCAUAGGUAUCCGUUAUGAUGUGUGUUGGAUGCGGCAAGUUGACGAGAGUUCAAUCCAAAACCAGUUUUGCUCGUGAAUUUGAUUUAGUUACCCUCGAAGAUUGGGUGGAUCGUCAUCUAUGCAUGUUUGUGUAGCCUGCUUAAAUGCAUUCACGUUUUUUCUCUGGAUUGUGUUUGUUUUUCUGUGUUGUGCGUAUGUCGGAGUGCGCAGAACAGAAAUGCAUUGAAACAGAGAAGCGCUGAUGAUUUUGAACAAUUUUAGGGUGUUGUAGCACGCGUGUUCUACCUGCGAAUUUGUGUUUGUGUGUUGCCAUCUUCGCUAUACACGACUCUCCAAGCAAAAGCCUGAAUGUGACAGACCGUUCCGGUCGACCUUUUGUGUUUGUAUCUGUGUUUGUGUGGUUGUGCUUGUGUGUGGUGUGUGUGUGUGUGUGUGUGCAUGAUGAUGCAUAAUCGGUAUCCCUUAGACGAUAAAGUACUCGAUUUGUCCUAACGAAGGGACUCGCUUUGCGAUCGAUGUCCGCAGAAAAAAAAGGCGUCCUAUUGUUGCCAAGGGGUGGCAUGCUUGGGCAAUAUGAGAACAAGCCUAUGAAGCAGGGGGGUUGUUGUGGACUCUACUAGCCCUGUUCAUUGGCUCAUUCAUGCUGGGCUCGAGGAUGACGCACAUGGUGUAGGAGGUUCCGUGUGACCGGCGGAUGAUGGGUUUGUAGUCUUGGUGCGUACGUCCUUUGCAAUUGGGACUUGCCCAUUGUGUCGUCUGCCCUGAAUGUAUCUUGCGACGAAACGAGAAUCAAACAAGUGUAUCUGGCAACAAAAGGUGUGCAAGUUGGACCUUGCCUCAGAUGUUUGUGAAAUCGAAAUCCACGUCGGAUAUUUCAAAUCGGAACGCCAAGCGAUAUCAUAUACUAGAUAAAUUUUGAGUGGGACCUCGUUUUCCUCCUUUGCUGUGAAGGAGAAGGAUGGGGGAGGUGGCAAGCCAAAUUGCACACGUCAUUGAGAACGACGAAAUGAAAACUUCUGCUUCGGUAGUCGCCUAUGUUAAAACGUUUGAGCAAAUCUCUACUAAAAACGGUAGUUAAACAAACAUUGGAGUGAAUGUUUGCGGUCAAUCCAUCCGGUCGUCAACCCGUGUCUACGAUGCCGAUUAACGGGGUUGCAGCCGACAUAUUGUAUUCGAUGCAGAAGAAUAAUGUCUUCAUCGAAUAAUGUCUGCUUCGGUAGUCUUCGGUGCUAUUUUUCAACCUAUCGAGUAGAUGAACGAGCGUCGAGGUCAUAGCCUAAAUAGAAAAUUAAAAUUAUGGAGGGAAAAAAGAGAACAAGAUGCGAAGAUCUGGAAUUUAUUCACAGUGAUGAUUGGGUCAAUUUCGAUCAUCGCCUGCAGUAUACACAAAGAGAGCGAGGAGAUACGUGGCUUUCCGAUGAACCCCGUCAUUGCUCCAACUCGUCGCAAGCUCUCCUGAAAGGUCUAUUUGUUGCGCGCUCCUUCCGAAUUCCUGCUUACGCCUCUCCCUCUACUCCCCUCGCUCUCUCUCUCCACCCUCCAAGCACGUCGUUGCAGCUUCUACUCAUGAAACGUUCCCUAAUGUAGCAUCAGCUGCCUUUGCCUGACAUUCGUUUAAUGAGCUUCAACUACCUCUGCCUGACGUUGGAAAUAGAUCCAAGGGAGAGAGAGAGAGAGAGGUGCGCAGAUGGGCAUGGAUUUCUCCUGGUUGAGCUUGGUUUUCUUCUCCGGUCCACAGUCAUAAUGCCCCACACUGAUC